AUGAUACCAGAAAAGCCACUCCCCUGCUCAGACGAGUUCUCCUCGCCAGAAGCCUACGUCCAAGAACUCCUCGACUUUGCCACAACCACGGACAUCUUCCAGAUUCUCUGCGGCGGCGUCCACGUCCUCGACUUCUUCACAAACGAGCGGGGCCUCUUCUCCCAGAUCCUACCGGCGGAAUGGCAGCCCUUUCUCCUUUCCUACGGCACCGACGCCCUCCUGGACCUCCUCAUGCGAGACGACCUGGACAACCUGCCGCUGGACGCCAUGCCAGUUCCCCCGCCAGAUAGUUUCCUGAGCUACAUCCGCAGUAUCCGCAAGCUCUCCCUCCGCCGGACCUUCUCGCCCACCACAUCUGAGAGUAAACCCCCACCAAAACUCUCCCGCUCCGUCGCCGUCGGCAUGAAACCCAAAAAGGUCCACGAAGUAGCCCACUUCGCGCGCUACGUCGACGCACUCGCCGGUUCCAUCUCCUCCCGCUGGGGCAAAGAGACGACGCACUUUGUCGACUUUGGCAGCGGGCAAAACUACCUCGGCCGCACCCUCGCGCUGCCUCCUUACAAUCGCCAUGUCGUCGCCGUCGAGGGUCGCGAGCACAACAUUGACGGCGCAAAGGGGCUCGAUGUGCUCUCGGGUCUGGCGAGCAAGGAGGUCGUCAUGCGCAACAAGAAGCUGUGGCUGCAGAUGCAGGCUGAUAGGCUCGGCACCGACGUUGUGAAGAGAACGUCUGGGCCCGUGAAAGCAUCAUCAACAGAUGCAGCAGCAGCGGCUGAGGACUUUGAUUUCAGACCCAUAAAGGAACUCGAACCGCGGUACAACCGCGCGCUCGGCAAAGGAUCAGUCUCGUACGUCGUUGGCAGGCUCGAGAGCGGCGACCUCACCGAAGUCAUCGGGCGCAUCGAAAAGGAAGUUCUCCCGGAGGAAUCCACCCAGGACCUCAAAAUGAUGGCCGUCUCAAUCCACUCGUGCGGAAACCUCUCCCACUACGGCAUCCGCUCCCUCGUCAUGAACCCAGCAAUUCACUCCGUCGCCAUCGUCGGCUGCUGCUACAACCUGCUGACCGAAAAGCUCGGCCCGCCGACCUAUAAGCUGGCCGGGUACGCCCGCCCUAGUCUGCAGGCGCUCAACGGCCGCGUCGUGCGAGAAUCGGCGCGGCGGGAUCCGGAGGGCUUCCCAUUGAGCGAGACGCUGUCUGGAUACAAGGGCCAGGGCGUGCGGAUGAAUAUCACGGCGAGGAUGAUGGCGUGUCAGGCGCCGCAGAACUGGACGCAGCCUGAGAGCGACGACUUUUUCACGCGGCACCUGUUUCGCGCGGUGCUGCAAAAGAUUUUCCUCGACCGCGGCGUCAUUUCAAAGGUCUACCACCGCGAUGCCGCUGCUGCCGCUGAAGCCGGCACGGAGGGCAAGGUGUCAUCAGACCCGUCCCAGACGGAAGAGGAAAGGGAAUCCCCCUUCAACACCUCCACGAACCCCGUCAUUAUCGGCUCUCUCCGAAAAGCAUGCUACAAAUCUCUCAAAGACUACGUCCACGGCGCCGUCGCCAAGCUGACGACGAACCGUGAGUAUAGCCAGUACAGCGACGUGAUCCGCGACAAGAUGGCCAACAUGACGGACGAGGAAAUCGAAGUGUACGAGAGGGAAUACGCCUCCCGCAAGAAGGAGGUCGCGGCCGUGUGGAGCCUCAUGGCCUUUAGCGCCACUGUCGUCGAGUCGCUCAUCGUCACGGACCGUUGGCUGUUUUUGAAGGAACACGACGACCUCGUCCGGGACUGCUGGGUCGAGACGGUGUUUGAUUAUGCUGAGAGCCCGAGGAAUUUGGUGGUUGUAGGUAUCAAGAAAUAA